UCUGUUAGUACAGUAGAGUGUACAGCAAAAUGGCCGCAUUUUAGUCUGCAGACUCGUUUUCUUUACUGUUUGCCAAUAAGUCGUUUAAAAGGGCCUGACAGUGAUUGUGAAAAAGUGACAUCGCCUGUUUCGCCGAAAAUUUUAUCGACGAAACAGCUGAAAUUUGUCUUAAAACGUAUUAUACUUUGAAUGGAAGGACCGAUGCGUCCGAUGCAACAGGCAAGUAUGGCCCCCCCUCAACAGCCUCAGCAUCCUCAUGCGCAUCGGAAUCCGCAUGGUGGACAUCAAAUACUGUCUAUGCCCAACCAUCAACAACAGACUCAUAUGCCUCAUCAUAUACAACAUCCUGUGCUGUCGCAUGGCAACCAGCGACACAUAAGUCAAAAUGCACUACAUCGCGUACUUAUUCUCACAAGUUUCGUCAUGCUUUUUGUCGGAUCAGAAGCCGGAAAAAUUGAAGUGCCAUUCAUCGAUUUACCAGAAAAUUGGCAUGACCUUUUUGGGCCAACGGGCUGUUUCACAGGGACAAUGGUUAAUGUAAAUUUACAAGUAACGUUGGCUAAAGAUCAAAUAAACUCCAUGACCCUCCAAAAUCAACCGAAUAUGCAACAGUCACAAAAAAAUGCAAUGGAACAAAAUAAAUUUACAAUUCUUGAGGGUAAUGAUGAUUCCAUCAUUGAUGAUUCAAAUCAAAAUCAUGCCAACGGGACAAAUUCAAAUUUGGCAAACAUGAAAGAAAAAACACCAAUGUGCUUAGUAAAUGAGCUGGCUAGGUUUAAUAAAAUUCAACACCAAUAUCGAUUAACAAACGAGCAGGGACCAGCACACAAGAAAAGAUUUACAGUAACAUUAAAACUUGGUGAAGAAGAAUAUGUCGCUGAAGGUCCUAGUAUAAAAAAAGCUCAACAUAGUGCUGCCAGUGAAGCGCUUACAAAAACAUGGUACAGACAACCACCGCCAAAACCACCAAGAGCAUUGAGAGUACCAGGCAAAUGUCCUGCUGCUUCAGGUCACUUGCCACCAACAGUUGAACUUAAUGCUUUAGCAAUGAAAAGAGGCGAGCCAACUGUUUAUACUUUUAGGCAUGCACCACCAGCAACUCCACAACAAUUCGUUGCACACGGCUUUGGAAGCUUUCCUCGGAUGUUUCCUCCACGUUAUCCGACAUACAAUCGCGGAUACCAUCCAGAACCUCAGGGAUUUUACCUCGUUACUUUAAAGGUCGGAGAACGUGAAUUUAUUGGAAGAGGAAUGACUGGACAAGCAGCUCGACACGAUGCAGCUGGUCGAGCUCUGGAACAAUUACGACAACUUCCAUUGCCCGAAGAAAUCGCUAAUACGUGUGCGACAAAUGAAAAUGGAACCAUAAGCAGUAUUGAUGAUCCUAAUGCUGAAUUAAAAAGUCCCGUUUCAUUAGUUCAUGAGACUGCAUUAAAAAGAGGAUUAUCCGUAACUUUUGAAGUUGUAUCCGAAAGUGGGAAACCUCACAUUCGUACUUUUAUGACUAAAUGCUCGGUGGGCGAAAAAAUGACUGUUGGUGAAGGAUCAUCAAAGAAAGUGUCAAAAAAACGAGCAGCAGAGACAAUGUUAGAGGAAUUAAAACGACUUCCAUUAAUACCGGCGAAUAUUCAACCUCGUACAUUACGUCUCAAACGAAAACCACCAACAACUAAGAAAAAGUCAAGAAAUUUGAUUAAAGUUUAUCAGGAACCACGUCAGGAAGCAGAAAUUAUUGAGGAAGUAAAUCCAAUAUCGCGUCUUGUUCAAAUUCAACAGGCCAAACGAGAGAAGGAGCCUAUUUACAAUUUAAUUGAAGAAAAAGGUGCUCCGAGACGAAGAGAAUUUAUAAUGGAAGUCACCGUUGGACAACAUUCAGCUCAAGGAAUAGGACCUAAUAAGAAACUUGCAAAGAGAGCCGCUGCCGAGGCUCUUUUAACUGCCAUGGGAUAUAGUAAGCCUCAACCUCAACCAGCAAAACCAUCAAUUAAAAUGGGCGAUAAGGACAAUACUGAGGGAAAAUCAAGAAAAGUCACUUUCUUAGAGGAUGAACAGACCAAUGAUACUCAAAGUCAUCCUACUGGAGGAACCAUUGGACGUCAACUAGUUCCUGGACUUCUUCUAAUGGACGGUGGUCAGGAUUCAAAAAUUGGUAGCGGACCUAGUGUUCAAGUAGUUGCUGAAGAGCUUCGAGGGCAACAGCAGCAACAAAUACCGUCUGGCGUAUCUCCUAGGGACCAACUUAAAUACUUGGCACAAUUGUUAAACUUCGAAGUGGAAUUCAGUGAUUUUCCAAAGUUUCAGGGACUCUACAGGGAGUACUUAUCACUUGUGUCAUUGAACACAGAUCCACCUCAGGUUUGCCACGGUCAUGGAGCGACAAAGGCAGCUUCUCAAGACCAAGCAGCACUUACAGCUUUACGCACACUCAGCAAAUUGGGAUUAGACAGUGUGACUAAUUCACAAAACAAAAAAGAUAAAGGCGCUGCUGGUGAUGGUAUUCACGUAAACAAUCAGGUGAAAAAUAACAUCAUUAACGGAGCUAUGGAUAAAUAAGGAAUUGAGAGAAUACAAUAGCCAGCUUUAUUACUGUUAAUUUGCUUAUUACAGUAUAAUAAUUAUUAUUCAAGUAAUAAUUCAAAUCUUUGAAAGUUCUUUUAAAGACAAAAAAAAGAAAAGAAAAGAGAAUUGUUGAAAUUCCAUUUGCUUGGGUGUCAAUGAAUCUGAAUAUUUUAUUUACAUUGUUUUACUAUGUUUCAAAAAAAAGGAAAAUAAUUUUUUAGAGUUAUUUAGUUCAUGGACUAGAUUUUAUUGACAUGGAAUAUAUUAUCUUUAUGUUUUAUUUUUUACACUUUUGCCAAUGUUCUAACGAAUUGUGAGAUAAAAUCCGGUCCAUCAUUUUUAUAAUUUCAAUUACAUAAUUUGCUAUUUAUAUUUGAAUUGAUUUUAAUUUUUUUUUUCUUGAAAAAAAAUGAAAGGUAAAAAAAUCCCUUUAUUAUUUAUUGACGCCUGACCAAUAUUACACAGUAACGUUUACGUUACACCAAGUAUUUUUAAGACUAUGUGCUAUUUAUUAUUACAAUUUAAGCCAACAACACACAGGUUAGGAAAACGUAAAACAAGAAAAAAUACACAUCUUCAUUAUUUGUAAUUUGCGUUUUGCUGAACAGUGUGUGUGUUAAAUCUUUACCAACAAUGUAUUAAGAACAUUAAAUUCUUAAUACACCGUGGUCAUUUUCCAAACGAUUGUGGUUUAUGGCCAUCGAAAAAUAUAUAUAAUAAUUUUUGCUAAAUCUGAGAUGAAAUGCGGCCAUCUCAAUUUUACAAUACUGAUACCUUGGCUGUUUCAUUGUCAUGAAUGUAAGGCUUCGUCCAAUUACCUAACACCGUCAACUACAAUUUUAAUUGAAAAAAAAAAACUAUAAUGAAAAUUUAACAUCAACUUUCAAGAUUGCUAUUAUCAAUUGUGAGAAUUUAUUGAUUUGAAAACAAAAAUUUUGUUCAAAAUUAUAACAAGAAUAAUGAAUUACUAAAAUAAUAUUUCAUUGAAAAUACAUAAAUGUUGACGGCGUAAAAUAUGGCAUUCCUAAAAUAUUUUCAAUUGGUGUAAACGAUCUGAUUAUUAAGAUUUUUAGGUUACGUUACAUAAUUCUUAGUAGAAAAAAAUCUUCUUUUUUUUUACUUAUUUUGUAUACCGCAGUGCGGUGCAGUUUUGAGAAUUAAAACCACUUUUUGUUUUUUUCUAAAAAAAAAAAAGAAAGAAAAAAGAGGGAGAAUAACAUUCAAUAAAUAGAAUCUAAUUGUUGAUCGUAAAACUAUAAAGGAAAUAUUAGCAUUAAAAUGGUAACAUUUCCUUCUCCCCAUAAAAAAAGAUAAAUAACCUAAUAAAAAGUAAAUAAAAUUAAUAGGUAAUUCGAUGUGUAAGCUGUUUUUGUGUCCCAAUUUGCUUUUCUAUGGGGCCUAGAAGCAUUCUGGGAAAAAAUAUUCAUGUUAAUGUUGUAUGAGGUAUUAAGAAAACGAAAAAGGUUUGAAAUUUUCUCAUGCUACUAAAAAUAAAAAAAAAUUGAAUUAAAAUAGUAGCUUGAUCUAUUUGAAAAUUUCAACAAAAGGGCAAAGAAACGGAAAUAGUUCAAAAUUUAUCUCGUUGCGUUAAGAUUAUUGCAAAAUUAAAACUGAAUUUUGUUUAAAAAGAAUCUUGAAACAACGCCCUGAAUUUUGAUUUAUUGCCCGUUCUUUAAGGCCAAUUGAUAAUGUUAAUAAUUGUAGGCCAUUUAGGAUCCCAGUACACACUUUGAGCGAGUUUUGUUUUUUUUAUAAUUGCAACCAACAUAUAUAAUUUUAUUUUAAUUUUAGCGAAACUCGGGUUUUAUGACGAAAUUAUAUCGCAAAGUUUUGUACUCGUGACCCUAAGCAAAAAUGUAAUCUUGUAUUUCAUUUUAUUUAUAUUAUUUUAAUUUCGAUAUUAUUAAUUUUGAUUGAUUGAACCUGUAAAAAUCGUAUUAAUUUUUUAAUUGAAAGACAAUUUGUUUUCAUUAUUGCGAAUAUUGAAUUGUUUCAACGUUUAAAAAAAAAGAAGAAAAAAAAAUUAUCGUAAGCUGCGUUGCGUGAAAUCGCUCUUUUUUCUACUCUCUUCCCUUAUAUUUCAUUUAACUUGAUUCCAAUUUUAUUUCAAUGAAUAUACUUCAAGCUGAAGAUGUUUAAUUUCUUUGAAAAAUAUAGCUUUAUAGGUAUAGAUAGGCAAUAAUCCGUAUGCGAUUUGUUAUAUGUACUAUAAGGUUUAGGCUUAGACUUCGAUGCAGACAUUAGUUUUGCUAAAUAAUUAUGGAAUACGAAAUUCCUACAGAUUAUAUGUCUGCAACGAUUCUAUAUUUUAUCCGUACAAUGUGUAGAUACUACACAUGCUAGAGUUAAUGAAAAAGAAAAUAAAUAAAAGUAUUACAUAAAUUAAUAAACGACAGACAAAAGGUGUACAAUAUUUGAAAGAAAAAUUAAAAAUGGAUCAAGUAAUUCGAAAUACGCCUAUCACGCUCUGUAUAUUAAUCAAUUAAUCAUAUAAGUUUUUAAAUGGUUUGUCAUCUUCACUUGCAGGUCUUUCAAUUUUUAAUUAUUAUUAUUUCAUAAAAUCCAAAAAUUAUGGAUUAAUUCGACUAAAAAAAAUUGUUUUUCUUCAUUUUUAUCGAGCUGACGAUCUAAUGCGUAAUUAAAAUUAUUAAAAUUCUUCCAACUAUGAUAUCAUGGAAGAUAAGUUAUUUGUAAAUUAGAAAAAGAGGAUUAUUUUUCUUUUUAUUGAAAAAGCAUUAACGUGUAACUCGGUAGAAAUGAGAUUUAGUGUCGAUAGAAGUGAAAAUUGUGUGAUAAAUUUACGCAGACAUGGCUUAUGUAGUUCUCGUUUAUCGAUUUGUAACUGAAAUCAAUAAACUGCUUCAAAAUAGA